AAUGCAGUUCAUACCCUCAUGUAUUUUUAUAAAUGAAAUUUAUAUCUUCCUUGAUAUGAAAGAUAAAGAUAACGAACAGUGAUCGAUAUCACAACUCUCACAAGGAAUACAAAACAGAGUCGGGCAAAUACAGACCCCUGAACAUACCAGAGGUGGGAUCAGGUGCCUAGGAUGAGUAAGCGUCCCCUGUCGACCGGUUACACCCGCCGUCCUAUGGCUUUACCAGCUGUCGGACUCUAGUUACGCCAAAUGUGGUGCUGUCAAUCCAAUUGAAAACACACAGAUCAAGAAUGAUAAUGGACAGCCCGCUGUAGAAUAUUUGGAACUAUGUUCAUCACACUAUGACAAAAUACUAGAGGAUAUUGCAGCCUCCCAAAAAUCCGAUCACACAUACCUGAUGCCUACUGAAAUUCAGGAACCAGCAAUGCCUCCAGCCGAUUACAAUUUAUCGAAUUCGCAGUAUGAAAAGCCAGUGCGAAUAGUACGUCCCCUGGGUUUACAAGAACAGACCACACAAGAUACGAACAAACGAGGACCACAGUUUGAGAAUUUAGGAUAUGAAUGCAGAGAUCCCAGCAUUUCAAGUCAGAAUUUGACAGCACCGGAAAUACUUCAACUUCCCACGAAGAGUACACCACAGUCUAAACGAAGCAAGCGACCUCUAGUGGUAUCCUGUGUUAUUCUAACCGUCGUCAUCAUUUCCACCGCCAUUGUGACUCUGACAGUGCUUUAUAUCAACGAGAGAGAUAAAUCAGAUGCCAGUGCGAAAGAAAAUAAUUUAUCAGGUACAAAUUUACCUACAUCAACAACAAAAAGAGUAACAACGACUAAAACGACAGCAAGGACACUAAAUACAACGCUUGAGACAUCACUGGCAUCAACAACAUUGGGAAGUUUAACAAAGACAGAAGCAAUUCCUAGUACAACUACAACACCACCAGGUACAACGACAACACCUAUCACAACAACGACAACACCUAUCACAACAAUGACAACACCAGCAGGUACAACGACAACUAUCACAACAACGACAACACCGAUCACAACAACGACAACACCAGCAGGUACAACGACAACACCUAUCACAACAACGACAACACCGAUCACAACAACGACAACACCAGCAGGUACAACGACAACACCGAUCACAAUAACGACAACACCAGUAGGUACAACGACAACACCGAUCACAACAACGACAACACCAGCAGGUACAACGACAACACCUAUCACAACAACGACAACACCAGCAGGUACAACGACAACACCUAUCACAAUAACGACAACACCAGCAGGUACAACGACAACACCUAUCACAACAACGACAACACCGAUCACAACAACGACAACACCAGCAGGUACAACGACAACACCUAUCACAACAACGACAACACCUAUCACAACAACGACAACACCGAUCACAACAACGACAACACCAGCAGGUACAACGACAACACCGAUCACAAUAACGACAACACCAGCAGGUACAACGACAACACCGAUCACAACAACGACAACACCAGCAGGUACAACGACAACACCUAUCACAACAACGACAACACCGAUCACAAUAACGACAACACCAGCAGGUACAACGACAACACCGAUCACAAUAACGACAACACCAGCAGGUACAACGACAACACCUAGUAAAACAACGACGACAACGGUACAGACGCCUAACGUCUCUACGUCAGAUUUAUACAAAGAUUGUAAAGAGUUAAAACUACAAGGCUAUACUACAUCUGGGGUGUACAGCAUAUACCCCUACCUCCCGGAGACCACUGCAGUGGGAGUUUAUUGUGAUAUGACGACUGAGGGCGGAGGAUGGACAGUAUUCCAGCACAGAAAAGAUGGAACAGUAAACUUCUAUGUGGAUUGGGCAAACUACAAAUCAGGAUUUGGAGAUCCUGCUGGAGAGUACUGGCUUGGGAAUGACCAUCUACAUCGUUUAACUGCCCUUGGAACUUCUGAAUUGUACGUUCGUUUGGAGAAAUUCAGCGGAGGUUGGUUCUAUGCUAAAUACAAUGAGUUCACAGUGGCUGCAGAGACUGACGGGUACAGAAUGAGACUUAAAGUUGGAUCGUAUCAAGGGAAUGCAGGCGACUCUAUAGAAAGCCAUGGAACUACUAACACCAAUGGAUACCGAUUUAGCACACGUGAUGUUGACAAUGACAUUGCACCAAGUAGCUGUACAGUAGCACGUAAAGGGGCAUGGUGGCAUAAUAUUUGCACGUGGGCAAACUUGAAUGGGGAUUAUGGGAACGGGGGUUGUGUUUCUGCCGCAAAUUGCAAUUUUUGGUAUUCGUUAACAAACAGCUAUAGUGGCGUGAAAACGUCCUUCAUGAUGGUGCGUAGAGGUUAAAUUUCCCUGAGGAAAUCAUUUCCCAUUUCAAGAUUUAACCCAACGUCCAGGAGAAGAACAAGGUCUACUAUCUGAGGUGAAAUUUCGAAUUUGAUGGAUGAUACGUGCACCGCAGAAUAAGUUGGUCUGUAGUACUAUGACAAUGCUGAAUAAUGAAUUUUCUUUUCGAUAGCGCUACUAAUCUUCAGAGGAUAUCAAUCUACUAUUUGUGAAAUAAAAAUAUUAGGGCUCUA